CCAACCUUCUUCCGCAGUUCUCCGGCAUGACGCACCGCGGUAACAUCCGGCAGAGCUACGGCGGCGUCGGCAGGAACCUCGGAGACGCCCUCGCCCGUCUCGGUUGCGGCCCGUUGCUGAUCUCGGCCGUGGGCGACGACACGCACGCCCGCGCACUCACCGCCCACAACCCGAAGCUGGAACUCGGAGGGCUGGCGCGCGUGGGCGGCGCGAGCACCGCCGUCUACUGCGUGGUGCUCGACCAGGCCGGCGAGGCGCUCUUCGGCGUCGGAGACAUGACCGUGCACGACCAGGUCACGCCGGAGCACGUGAGUCAGUUUGAGGAUGAGAUCUGCUGCUCCCCACUGGUGGUCCUUGAUGGCAACAUGCCCCUCAACACCAUAGGAUACGUCCUCGAUCUGUGCAGCUCCUGUGGUGUCCCCGUGUGGUAUGAACCAACUGACAUCCAGAAGGCUAGCAAACCAUGGCAGACUGGCAGAGGUGACAAGGUUACCUUUUCAUCACCAAACUUAAAUGAAUUGCGGUCCAUUUGCAGACACCUUAGUUUAGGUGAACUACCUCCUCACGACCAUGUCACUGAAGGGGAAGACUUGACUGACCUAUUGGGGGCUAUAGUACACACAGCUAGCCCACUCUUGGACACCAUGUCAGCACUCAUGGUGACACUGGGCCCACAAGGCUUCAUGAUUUUACGCAAGGCAUCACCCGAGAAGAGCAACGACCCACUUCUCCUUCUGCCUCCUGCCCCUCAUUCCUCGGAUGGUGUUAUUGGUCAACACUUCUCAGGUCUGAAGAACCCCAAGAUUAUCUCUGUAUCUGGAGCUGGUGAUUGUUUGGCAGCAGGGUUCAUUGCCGGCAUGCUUCAAGGGAAGGCACCAAGUGAGUGCAGUGCCUUAGGAUUACAUGCUGCAUCGCUUUCACUAGCAGCUUCUCCCGCAGUUCCAGACACACUCUGCACGUCAGUUCUUCCUUGGGGACAGCAUCAAGCAUACAAAAUUGUUUUAUAGUUAAGCUUGGAUUAACUUAAUUAUUUUUCAGUUUCUUUCAAUGGUUUAAGUAUGCUCUUAUGGAAAAAUAUAUUUUUACUCUUCCAAUAACAUUUAUUUGAUACACCACCAAAUGUGCUGAAUCUCAAUGGCACUCUAUCUUAGGUUUUGUUCAUUCUUUGGAUAUACAGUGGUAACCUUGACAUCAAAAAUUUAUUGAAGAAUCCAAUUUAUACACUUUACUGCACAGAAGACAGCAAAGGCAGCUACUUAUUUUGCUGAAAAGUAUGAUGGGUAAAUGUCUAAUGUAAUCUCUACUACUACAAAAUAGUAAACACUGCUAGAGUUGAAUAUGGUAUUCUUGUUGUAGAAAUAGUUUUGUCAUAAAGCAGAUAAACUAAAUAAAGAGUAAUAACUGAA